ACUUAAAAAGCAUGAUCGAUACAGAUUAUAUUGUAACGUAGCUAAGCUACCUGGUUCCAGAAGACGCGUGAUAUCUGUGUAGUAGUCGUGUCCAAUAUGGCGUGUGUAUUGAGAAUUGCAUUAACGUGCAGGUGUGUCGUAUGAAGAAUAUAUAUUUUCGACCAAAUCAUUUGAAAAGGAACAAUAACUUUCUAUGAACCGAAAGAAGAAAUUUUGUAUUUUAAAGGAACAUUUGUAUUUGCUGUACAAUAGAAUCUGCUCUUGGCAACUGUUAUGCAGGUUCUGUUCCUGCCUCUAGUGCAUUAUUUUUGUGAAUGAAGUGAAUGAGAUAAAUAUUACCAAUUUGUACUCAAACAAUGUACAAUGAACUACGGUGGAAAUAUGCCAGAUUGGCACCAAUAUAAUACUUCUCAAACAAAUGAAGUUGCACCUCCUACUCAAAAUGUGAAUUCUGGUCACUUGGCAUUCAUUCCUGGUGUUAACCAUCCUACAUUGAAUGCCCUUAGUCUUAGUUCAGAGGGUCUUAAUAAGCAUCAGAAUGAUGCUAACUUUAAUCCAAGGAACUAUCAGUCCUACAACAAUGUCUCCAAUGGUCCUAAUAUUCCAAACAACAGUCCUCUUGCAUCGAUGGUGCAAAUGCAAAACUGUAUUGGCCACUAUGGUUCAACAAGUACAAGAAAUCCUAUGUUAGACAACAUAAAUGCUUCUGUGGAUCAUAGAAAUGCUACAGUUGCAGCUAUAAAUGACGAUAUAGGAUAUAGAACUAAUCAGGUGCCUUUUAAUGGGCCUAUUGGUCAUUUAAGUGGGCCAAGCUGUAAUUUAAAUUCAUCAUCUGGACCCGGACCAGGCUCUGGGUUUGGUCCAAGAACUAAUUCUGGGCCAGGAUCCAAUUCUGGAACUAAUUCUGGAAAUGGAACUGGUCCUAAUCCUAUGUUUGGACCUGGUCCUAGGCACGGACCUGUACCAGGACCUGGAUCAGGAGUAGGAUCUGGAAAUUUGGGACCAAGAAACGCUAACAUUGGUUCGGUAUCUUCUGGGAAACCUGGACCUUCUUCGUUUAUGUCUUGUAAGGGAACGUGUUGUAAUUCAGAUCCUAAUAUUAAUUAUCAACAAUGGGAAAAGUUUGGACCUUAUCAAAAUAAUACAUCAUUCAGAGAUAAUGUGCAUCCGUCUGGCUGCCAAAUGGAGAACCGACAUUUCGGAAAUAAUUGUAACUUUAGGAAAGAUAAUCUAGAAGCUAAAGAAGUAAUGGGACCUGUAUUAUCUAAUGCACCUGCCAUAGAUCAUAGAAGAAACUAUACCGAUUACAAGUACCAUAAGGAUCAUUUAGUACACAGAAAUUAUCCAGCAUCUUCUGGAAUGUUUCAUAAUUAUCCUGUACAAAAUUAUAAUUAUUCAACGGAACAUAAAAAAUAUAAUUAUCCCAUGAAAGAGCAUCCAAAAACAAAUAACAUGAAUAUUUCGAAUUCGGGAAUGCUUAAACAUCAGGAACAAAAUUUUAUUAAUCAGCAAAAAUUCAACAACAAACAGUUUCAAUAUCAAAAUGGAAAUAUGCUACCUAAAGGAGUGCCUACAUUAAAUGUUAAUGCCAAUAUGGCAUCAUCCCCUCAGAAUCCUUAUUUUAAUACACAAUUUUCACGAAAUAUUACAACGGAAAUGAAUCACGAGUGUCAAGAAACUACUGAUAGUGCUGCAAUUGUAAAUAGAAUGCCUAGCACGUUUAUGCAUAGUUCUCCUUCUCAGCAUCAAGUGUAUCAACAUAAAAUAGCAAUCCAAAAGUAUUCAAUGGAAAAUCACCUGAGAGAAUUGAGUAGGAUACCUGGUUAUCAGUCUCACCCGAAAUACAAAGAAUGUGUUCAUAGGUACAGAGAAAUAUUGAAACUACAACAAUCAACUAGUUACCAAAAUCCUGUUCAACAGGCGUCACGCGUUACAACAGCAGUUAAUGCUUCGGUAACACCGAUUAACUUGCAGUUUGAUCAGAAUGGUUUGCUAAUAAAUACGAGUUACAUCCCAGAAGGAUUUCCUAAAGUACAUCAUGCGCCAAACAUUGAACAACCAUCAGAGAACAUAGAGAAACAAACUAAGGAACAGACCAUUGCUAUUGCCACUGAGAAAUGUCAGCAAGCGCAACAGCCAGAACAGUUAAUAAUCCCUUCGCAGAACGAGCACAUUCCAUCACCGUGUGUAGAUACGUUUCAGAAGCAAAAUCAAUUCUCUAUAUACAAGGAUUUCAAUCAGAACCAAUUAAAAGUACAAACGAGCGAGAGUGAUAAUUUUAAUACGUUAAAUCCAGUUAAAAGUAACGAAACAGCGAUGAUGCAGCAGCAGAAAGCUUCUAAAGAAUUUGCCAAUAAACCAGAGCUUGACGUCCGACAAUUUUUAGCCAACUGGGAUGAAACCGACGACGAAGAUGCGUCGACGUCGAACUUGCAAGACUCUGUCUUAAGUGAAACAACACCGGUCGUUGUGGUAAGUUAUGAAAAUGUGGAUCUCUCGUCGAAAACAGCGCAGGGUACAGAGGCACAGGUACAGAAAAGAACCAGCUAUUGCUCAAACGAAACAGGCUUGGACACCGUGAAAGAAAGCGAAACGAACGUGAUAGCGGCCCAAGAUUGUUUGACGAUAUCCUAUUCGCCGACUGACAGCACCGAAAUUGCCAAGACGUCUAAACGUACGAUCAGAGAAGGUGUGGUGAAACCUGGCAGUAUCAUACACUGUAUAAGCAACGGUCCCGACGAGAUACCCACGAUACACAUAGUGGAUAAUUUAGAAAUAAGUAACAUUCUAGGCACGUGUAACGAACAAGUUAUACAAACAUUGGAGAAACAAAAGACGAUAUCGUUCUUCAAAGAAACGAGCAACAAUGAAACGGAAGCGAUGAACCUGGAGGACACCGAUCAGCAAGAUAAGAACGAAACUGAUGUAUUGUCUACCAGCUACGAGGGAUCUCUUAACGACGUAACUAAAACCACGAAUAUCGAGGAUUCUGAUCACGUUCAAGCCGCUACUGUCUCCAUAAACAAUCAAGAGUUGAGAGGGUUAUCAACAUCAACCAAGAGCAAUAUGGACUUGAAAAAACAGAACAGCUUCGUAAGCGAAGAGUCUCAUAAUCAUGAUGAUAUUAGUCUACCAGAUCUACCAACAUCAGAGUGCACACCGAUCUCUACUACGCUGAACACCCCUACUCAUUCCGACACCGAGGAAUCUUCAGAGCACUUGGAGGACUUGUCUAUAUCUACACACCUCAUAGAGGUGAUGCAGAACAGUCCUGUAAUCAGUUUUACUCAGCUGAACAGCGAGGAGAAGUCGAAAAAUGAAUCUCUUGGUACCCUGAAAUUGAAGUUCCGGAAGGAAAAUAGUUACAAAGCUAACGAGCAAGAGGUAACUCUUGAUAAUUUUGAUUUUUCUGCAGGUAAUUCUAAGGUAAGAAGUGUUGUCUCCGCUGGUACCAAUGCGAAUUUAAGUCCAACAGAGUCUGACGACGAAACGCGUGCGUCUAGAAGAAAAAAAGUAAAAACUUCAAGCGUAUCCACCAGCACCAGUCACUCUAAGAUUGAUCUGUGCGCCAGGAAAAGAGCAAAGGAGACGAUGGACUUGGAAGAUAAAGGUAUGAACAAAUAUUCAGAGAGAAGUUUAGUUUCAAAAAAGGAUACGGAUCAUUCGAGGCAAUCAAAGAGUUCUGAGACGAGAAGGUUUGACGAUGCAACCUCCUCCCAUAACGAGGAGAAUUCUCUGUGCCAUAUAACUUCUCAAUACAAACAUUAUUCCGUUGCUGUGAUAAAGGAUAACGUUAGUUUAAGCGAUAAGCGAUCAGCUCGCAGCACAGACAGGACUUCCGGCGAUAAGUCGGCAGAACUGCAAACGAGGACAAGCAACGAUACCAAAGAGCACGAUAGCGUACAGUUCCAAAGUUCAAGAAAAUCCGAAUUACUGCAGAAAGAUCUGAAACCCGUCGACGGGGAUGUUAGGUAUACCGCGGAGGAGAUACGUAUGUUGAAGGAGUAUAGAAGGAAAAAAGAAAAGCUCCAUCAAGCUCAAGAUAAAUCCAAACAUCAUUCUCAUAAAACUGUAGAGGAAAGGUCUCCGAAGAACGACGAGAACUCGUCUCAUCCUAGAAACAAGACAAACGAGCUUUUAUCCGUGGUAAAUCUGAGCACGAAAAAGCUGGACGCGCGAGAGGAGACGACAGGGCACGCCUGUUCAAAAAGCUUCCGUAAGAACGCUGACUUUGGGAUUCAAGUGGCGAACGUGAACUUGAAGAUCAAAGACAGCGACAUAGGCAAAGAGUUGAUCCUGGAGGAGAAGGGACAAGAACAGAUGAAGGAUUCCUUAGAAGGGAUUAAGAUUGAAAUAAAUGUAUCCUGCAAGGAUCAAAAUUUAAAGGGACAGGAGCAGAACAAACGGUUGUUGUACGACGACGGAGAUUUGUAUGAAAUUGAUGAACCACCUGCUUACACGAGCAACACGUUAGACUGUCAAUGUCGGUUACACGCCAAAGAACAAGAAAACGAUUCGAAAACGAUUGAUAAAGCUCACAGAGCAGCUGAGAAGGCUGUAGAUACUGCUGAGGUACCUUCUACCUCUGCUACAGAUACGAAUGCCGGUACCAAUCUGAAAAAACGUAGAAGAUCGUCAAUGGGAACGAACGAAGAAACGUGCGUUCUAACUUCAGACAGUAAAUCCUCGCAUAACAAUGCAUCUUGUAAAGAUACGUCGAUCGAGGGUACCGUUUGUCCCGUCGACGAUAUGGACACAGUUAAGUUAAACUGUGCAAUAUCUAAUACUGCCAUAGUCGAUGCAAAUAAUAAAAUUAAGGCGAAGAGUAAGUUGGAGGUUGGUGACACAGAGAAGGAUAAUAAUAAUAGGAGCUUGGAGACGAUGAAAGUACAAAAACCAGCUACCACGAGUCACGUGGACACUUCGACAGCGACGGAUGUGUUGAAGAGACACGAGGAAAAAGAAAUGGCCAGCAAGAAUGCAAAGAAACUGCCAGAUAAUAGCCCCGAGGUAAAUGCGAAAUCGCUCAGCUCCCUGAACGCUAUAGAUUUUAAUUUCGACUACAGGAAGUACUCCCAUGUGGACGAGUUGGACGACGAUUACCCGGGUAAAUGGAAGAAGCCAAAGAUCGAUCAGAUUUUCGAAGACUGCGACAUGUUUCAAAGUAGCAGCGGCUACGCGAAUCCUAUUUUCUCGAGCAUAGAUAAAAUGGAGGACUUGAACACAGUUCCUGUAUACACUACCAAAGAUGGCAAGAUAUCCUACAGUCCUAAUCGAAGGUUCACAUACCACGAGCUUAUGAUGGAGGCACGCAGACGAGAAGCUUGUUUCUCCGGGAAGAAGUCACAUUAUGCGGAAACAUGGAACAACUAUUACGGUUCAAAGUUCCGGAAAUUGUACAAGAGGAAACGGCAUCAUCCUUUCAACGAGCGAAAGAAGCACGAAUUCAAAAAUACUAAGUAUCUUUAUGAUAGAAAAAGAAAUUACUCUGACGAGUUUUAUGGAAGAGGUCAGACAAAGUACAAGGAUUACGUGCAUAGCAUUAAGAACAAUAAUGCUGACUGGUUGGAUCAUUAUAAAAUGGACAAGAUGUAUAGUAGUAGCGACUCGGACGAGGAGAUUGUGAAUUGUAAUAAGAGUCGCAUUGCUGAGGCUAGCAAAAGAAGUCAUGAAACUAAGAUUGAAUCCUCUAAGUCACCUGGAAACCAUGUUACCAUUGAUGCGUUGGAUCUGGAGUGUAAGGAGAAAGAGGAUACUACGUCUGAUGCUUGCUUAAGUAAAGAUAAAGAUACGAGUUUAAAAGACACACAGCCUGUUCUACCGCCUGAUGAUGAUAAAGGUACUUUAGUGACAGUGACGGAAGAUCAAGAAAAUGAGAAUGUUAAAUCUACUCUAGAUGAAUGUUCAGUGUUGAAUAAAUCGUGUGAUUUACCGCCAGAGAAACUGGAAUCAAAUGAGAGUGAAAAUUUGGAUGAAGAACGUAUCGAGCAACAUGAUAAAUCUAAAGAUUCAAUUAUUUCUGGCAACGAGGAAGAAAAUAUAAAUACUGCAGAUGGAUCUUCACCUGUAAAGUCGCUCAAUGAAGUUUCUUUGUUCACUGAAAAUAAGCAAACGUCCGUUUCGAGUACUGUUAAAGAGGAAAAGAACGCCACAGAUAUUGAUAAAGAAAAAGAGGAAACCGGUGACGAUACAAAAGUGUUGGAUGAUCAGGUUUCACUUGCAGAUGACAGCAAAAAUAUACAGAUUGAAAUUUGCAGAAACAUGCAAGCUAAACCGUCUGAAUCAUUAGAAUUAGAAACAGACGUGAUGGAUUGUUCUUCGGUAAAAGAACUUUCAGAAUUCCACGCGGAUUCUGAUAACGUAGCUGAGCAGGUCUCGCAAGAAUCUCUGGAAUCUGAAAAAUAUAUCAACGUGUCUAACGAGAUAGCUGAAGAAUCGUCUGAGAAUAUUAAAGACAAAGUAGACGAGGAGAACUCAGUGGUAUGCGAGGAAAAUGUUUUAGAAUGCAAGGAAGCGAAUGUCCAUCUUACCGAAGAGAUAGUCACUCUGAUCAAAGAACGCGAAGAAUCUUUAAAUGAAGAAAUUAAAAAAAGUACUGAAACCUUGGUAGAUGAAAACGAUAGUAAUUCUCCAAAAGAAGCUGAAAAUGAGAAUUCAGAAGACCGAAAGAAAUCUGAAUCUCAGAUUGAUGCUACGACUGAUCAACAAAAUAAUUCAGAAUACACUUUGCUUGAAACUGUUGAAAAUCAAAAAGAUACAAUCAUCAUUCCUGAACAAUUGGAUAAUGAAGAAUUAAUGCUAAUGGAUUUUUCUAAAGAAACAGUUUACAAUGAAGAUGAUAAUACUGCUGAAAGUUUAGUUUCAUCUAAUACAAAAGAAAUACAAAUUACUUUAUCAAAUAUAAAUGAAACUCCAAUAGAAGAACAAGUGACAAUUGAUGAUUUGAAGGAUCGUUAUAACGAAACUCGUCUUGAGGAAUUGCAGAAUAUUUCUGUGCAUAAUUCAAGUCGAAAUUCUUCGGUAGAAAAAGAGGUGCCUGUUUUGAACGAGUAUUGCACUAUCAAAAAUUCUGAAAAUAAUAUAGAUAGAACAAAGGAGGAUGAAGAUAAUGGAAAACCAGAUCAUUCGUCAUUUUUCAAUCCUGAUGAUAGCUCCAAUCAUUCGUCAGAAAGCAAUAUGGACGUGAAAGCAAUACCAAAGCUAAUCAUUAAGAAAACCGACGCUUCAAAUCCAAAAUCAGAGUCUCUGUCGAAUUGCUUAGAGUCUGAUAAUUGCACCGAGAGAUACGAUGCAAAGGUACUAUCUAAAACACGUCCUAAGAUUCCAAAAAUGAUAAUCGUAAAGAACAGAUCUCGUUCAGCAACUCCUAUCGUAGAGCUGUUGGAAAAAGGGAAAUCCGAAAGAACCCAUUCUUCAGAGGACAACGACGUUAGCAUAAAUAACAGCGACUCGGAACAGUACACAUUAAAGUACAAUGACUACACCAGCAAGGUACCAAAAGUGAAGAUAAAAUUGGAGGAUAUAUCCUCCAAGGACUUGAAGCUCUACUUGAAACGCAAAGCUUUAUCCAAGAAAAGUGUUCCAAAGGUGAAGAUCAAAAAGCUUAAGACUCAAGACACGAAGGCACACGCUUCAGUGUCAAAAUUUGAAACAGAAGAUACCUCGGAGACGGAUGCUAUUGAUUCAAACGACGAAGAAAAUGUAUUUCACGAAUCAAUGAUUAGUGAUGCAGAAUCUGAAAAGAUACCAAAACUUAGGUUAAAGAGACAAGAUGAAGAGAAGUCGCCAGAUCGAACGAAGGAAAAUGAUUCGAACGCUUCGAAAGUAACGCCAAAGAAAAGCAAGAAAACUAGGGAGGAAGAUACAAAGCAUUCUGUGAAGUACGACAAUAUCACUACGAACGAUGAUGAACUGAGAAAAAAAUUCCCCCAGUACAUCGUCGAAAAGAUUCCUAAAGUUAUAAUCAAAAGAACGCAAAUAGGGACCGAGUUCAAGUGUGAAAUCAGCAAAGGUAAAAAGACCUCGAUUGCUGAAACCUCAAAGUGGCAACCAAAGGUGAAACUGCAAAGACUGGAGCUUCUGGAUCACAUUGUAAAAGAUUUGAAGCAAUCAAAGAUCACGUUGAGGAAUAUAUUCAACACGCCAACUCGCAUUACGGAUAGUAAUAUCAAUGAUACUGACAACAGGGAUUCAAGCCAGGGUAACAAAGUUAAAUUAUCUAGGUCUAAUUCAGCGUCAAAUUUAUCAACUGUUAAGUGUAAACAAAGAAGGCUAUCAGACUUUGAUUACUCAAAAAUGGAUAUGGAUAACAGGGUAGCUGGUCUUAAAUCAGUUGACAGUGAAAACAUAGGUCUAAAGAGGAAAAGUAAAAAGAAAUUAUUCUCUCAGAGUAAACAAAUAGAUCCUUAUCUAAAUAGUGAAAAUGAAAAUGAAGCAGAUGAAAUUACAUCAGAGAAUAUGUUGAGGGACUCGUUCAGAAAUCUUCUUAUGGACGAAUAUAAUGAUCUGAUGACUAUAAGGAGCGAAUUCUCAGACUUUACGACUGAGGAAAGCACACCUUUCAUAGGAAACAAAUUCUUAGAAUCUGAUAAUGCACAAUCGUAUAAUUAUGACACUAAUGACAAUUCCAUUAUCAAAGUCGAGUCUUCUGAUGAAAGUCAAACCACCAUUGAAAUUUUACCAGCAUCACCGGACAGCUGUGAUGGUGAAACAGAAAAAAAUUCUGAAUUUGAGAACAUUGAUAGAUUGCACAUAGGUGAUGCUAUGCCAACUCAGUUAGAACUUGAAUUGGAACUUAUGGAUAAUAAUAUGCAACAUUCUGAUGUGUUUAAUGAUCACGCGUCGCAUUCCAGGGGUAAAUGUGCUAACAAAAAAUCAACGAAAAUAUACUUCAGCGAAUUUCAACGUUCUUCAGGAAAUACUUUUAAUCGGGAUAUGUUCAAGCAAACUGAACAGAGUUCAGAGAAUACGUCGAGUGAUUAUUUUUAUUGCAACGACCUGUUAGUUAAAGAAGUACUAGCCGCCAAGGAGGCGUUAAAGAAAUGUCUGGCUCGACCUGAGAACCAAGAUUUGGAAAACAGGAAGUCAAGGCCUAAAACUGUGGCAGAGAAGAAGCAAGGUUUAAGUUUUGAUUUUAAGGGUUUUGAUGAAUCACGUAAAUCUGAGAAUGCAGACUGUAAUGACGGUAAUGAUAAUGUAACGAUACAUAGAAAGUCUAUAAUUUUGGAAAAGAAAGAAUACUUAAGAAAGAAUAAGCACCUCUCCAUGGAGAAAGAGACUGCUUCAGUGAAUUCACAAAAUGAAAGUCCUACAGCUUCUACGUGUGGAUACACUAAUGUACCUGAGUCAACUACAAUUUCGUUAAAAGCUUCUAAGAAAAUUGAUGAAAAUUCAGCGAAUGAAAUAUCUGUAAGUACAGAAGCAGAUGUUUCUAAAUUAGCCGAUGAACCAGGCAAUGCAGGUGAUGUGAAAGAUCUUCAUGGAGAGAAAUCUGAAUGUCAAAAACCUCUUCAAUGUCAAAAAGAUGACGGUUCUAAUGAUGCAAAGAUAAAGGAAGAUAAUAUGCCAUUAUUGGUACCAGAAUUUUCUUUGAAUUUUGAUUCCAGUUCGGAUAGAGAUAGUUCUAGAUCUCCGCCUGUUAUAACAAAUCAAGAAGAGGUUGAUAAUGCUGCAGUGAGCGAGAAAAGUAUAGAGAACAAAGUGAUAACUCCUAUUGAGAAAAUUGAGGAGAGCAAGGAACAUUCUUACAAGGAUUGUGAAAUGACCAUUGCUGAUAUUAUAACGGAAUUAGCUUAUCAUGAAAAGGCAACAAUAAAACAUAAAAGAUACUGCAACUUAUGUGAAAGAUGGUUUCCCACAGCAUCACGACACCGACGGCACUUAGCUGGAUAUCAACAUCGGUACAUGGAACUAACACAACGUAAAAGCAUUCAUGCACUUUUUAUUCUUUUCACUGGUAAACCUUGUCCAAGACUUUUACCAGCGAACGUCAUUCGAAAUGAUUGUUCUAUAGGGGAAUUAACGCCGUUACAAAUCGCUGUUCAGGAUAUCGCAAAAUGUGUAGAAUACACACAACAGAAUUUGAAAACAAAAGAUUGAUAAUAACGAGUUUUAGAAAAUUAUUUUGGUUACAUAUACGCAUUUCCUGUGAUCACCUAUACUGGAACAAACGAUGUGAGUACCUUUAAACAAGUACUGUAAUAAUAAACAAGUAAGUGACACUUUUAAUCUCAAUCAAAUUGUACAUGAUUACUACUAAUUAUUGCUGUUUGGUAAUAAUAUUGCCGUUGUACAAUUAUUAUUAAAAAAAAAUUAACAUUCAUGAACUUUGCGUAGAAGCUUUGUUGAUUGAUGUUAAUUGUUAAAAGUUACUUGAAAAAAAAAGAAUAUUAUAAGUAGUUGUAUAUUUAGCCAAAGAUUUUAGCAAAAAAAAAAAACGUACAUGUUAGAUUAUUUAUAGUUUUCGAGGACUACACAGUCUUUUAUUUGUACAAAUGAAAAUAUGAGUAAUAGAGUAAAUUAAUGUGCUCGUUACAAAUUUUUAUUUAUAUCGUGAAAAGACUUAUAUAUACAAUGUAUAAAUAUAUACACCUAUAUAUAUACAUAUUAUAUACAUAUAAAUAUCUAGAAUCAUAUGUAUAUUUAUUAUUCUUGUUUUAAAAAAAUAUGUACUCUUGCAAUGUUAAACAGAACUAGAAGUAUAUACAGUUACAUUUGUAUAAAGUUAUAUAUUUUAAACAGGGGUAGUCGAAGUGAUAAGUAUCUAUACUAUAUGUUAAAAAAUGAAAUAAAUGAACUAUGAGAUGUUACGCAAGUAUGCACCUUCAGUUUACUUUAUGACGAUAUUUCUUACAAGCAAUAACAUCUCAUAGUUUAUAGAAAAAUUUAUAAAGUGUACAGCGAUACCUAUUCACUCCCCUGUUAUACGUUUAUGUUUGAUUCAAACUAUUUAAAUAUGUAUGCCUAAUGAGUUACUGUUCAUACAAUAUCAAAGUUUUUAAUUGUUUUAAAUGUUAUAACUGUUUUCUUAUUAUGAUUAUAUUAAUAUACAUGCACUGGAAGUGGGAAAAGUCCUUAAAGAAUGAGUUCCUGGCUAUAGAAACGAAUGGAAUAAGUGUAUUCUUUAUUAAGAGGCUAAAAAGAAAACAGGUGUUAUACUAAUACAGGGUUAACAGACUAUAUUGACAAUCGCUUUAUAAUUUUGCUUUCCUGGUUUACAUUCCAAAGAAUAAAAAGACAGUAGAAGUCACUUUACAGAAAAAGGCUAGUUUUAUGUUGAAAUUUAACUAAAUAAGGAAGAUAAAGAAUAUAUAUAUAUAUAAGUCCAUCAAUUGUUAUUCCACUUAAUAUUUUGUUUAAUAAGUUUGUUUUAACUGUUUCAUAUUUUAUUCGCACGAGUGCCUUAAAAUACACCUAACAGUAUUUGUCGUAUCGUGUUAUUAUACAUCAUACAAGAUUGAAUAGAAUUGUACCCAUACACACUACACUUUUGUGUGUACUGUACACCGAUGACAAGAUGUCCCAUGAGAAGCAUGCAUUUGCAUUUGUCUCAUGGGACAUCUUGUCAUCGGUGCACUAUACUUCUAAUGUUCUUGUAUAGUAUAUGCAUAACGUAUGUUACAGUUAUGAGAAUAUAAAUAAAAACGUAUGAUUGUUUAUUACCGCUUUUAUUGUAAUUUUAAUAUAAGAACUACUUCAGAUGAUGGAUUCUUUGAACUUUCUUAUUUAUAUAAUGUUAUGAUACUAUAUACAUUGAAUGAAUGUUCUCAUGAUUGAAGCUCUGUUAUGCACAUAUUUUAUGAUAUCAUUGUGUGUUCUAUGUGCCUAAAUUUUAAGGAAUUUAUACGCAUCUGAAGUUCAAAUAUGCAUAAUAACACUUAUGCACAUAUAACAUAUGACUAUGAACAUUAUACAUCACGUGUACAUUGUGUAAAGAAACAGAAAUCUGAAAUCUUUUUAUAAAUACUGAUAAUUAUGUGAUGCAAAAUUGUAUCUGUUUGGUGACAUGUGUGCUGUGUUUCAAAAAAUCUAAGAAUUAAAAAACUUUUUUGAAAUAUAUUAAUUAUGGGUAUGGAAUAUCCAUGUAAAUCAGUUACAAAAGGAAAUUACUAUAGUAUUUUAUCAUUCAUUAUUAUAAUUGAUUAUUUUUUAAAUAUUUGAAUUCUUUCAUUCAAAUUCAAAUUAUUUGUUGUACAAAUUUAGACCGGAAUAUUCUUGAAAAAUCAAAUUACACUUAGUUUAUAUUUGAUUUAUAUAAAUAAUGAUUUUUUUUUUUAAUUCAAUUGUUGACUUCCAUUAAUAUUAACUAGUAUAAGAUUGCACUGAUCUAAAUAUUUCUAGUUGAAGAAGAGAAAUUAAAUAUUGUUUUGUUCAAAUUAAGAAUCAGUUUAUAAUUCAGAUUUUAUAAAUGGAGACAUUUUUACUUAUUUUUGCAAUGUGAAUAAUUUCAAAGUUUUAUUUGCAGAACAUUGUUAGUCAAAUUUUAUCAUCAAUGUAUACAGUAUAAAAUUUUGUACUGCAACAUUUUAAAUAACUUUCUUUUGCAAUUGUAUUUUUUUUUUUUUUUAAUAAUUCAAUCAUGAUAAUGCACAUUAAAUACAAAUCAAGUAGUGGCAUCAUUCAGAAGAUGCAAAUCUAUGUAACAGAAUAAGUGCAAUUAUAUUUUUACAACAUUUACAACUAAUCAUUCCACAAAAACUAUUAAUUUUUGAAAUGGUUAUUAGAUGUGCAAUUCUAAAUCAAAUAGAUGAUUUAUAUAUAUAUAGUUCUGCUAGUUUUAUACACAGUGUGUGAGUAAUAUAGAACAAGUGUGUGACAUACAUUAUAAUAAGAUAUAAGAGUGAUUUAGAUCUGUGGCAUUUUUUUAAUCUCAAUAUUUCUCACAAAUUAAUUCUUACAAGAAAAUCGUAUGCAACUUCAAAUAAUUUAAACUAUAAUUAGCAAUAAUUAUUUCAAUUUAUAAACAAUAUUUAAUAAUAAUCUAAUAAUAAUUGAAAUCUGAAUUACAAUUUAUGAAUCGUUUGAUGGCUAAAAAUAUUAUAAAAAUGUUACACGUCUAAACACCAGAACCAUUCCAUAAAUUAGAAUAAGAAAUUUUAUUGAUAGAAAUAAGAAUUGUACGAACCGAUAGAUUAUUUUCUGUUAUUGUACUUAGGCUACAGAAGUGUAUGCAAAAUUCUAGUUAACGUAUUAAAGAAAUAAUAAAUAUUGAUAAUGAACACUUA